GCGGAGCGGCGGGGAUGGCGAUGAUGGCGGCCGGGACGGGCAAGUCCCGCCGGCGGCGCGCAGGAAAUAAGCAUUCAGCUGCUCAGAAAAAUGAAGAUGCUGCUCAAAGGAAAGCAGCUCUAGAGGCUGCACUGAGAAAGAAGAUUGAAUGUGAGAAAAAAGCAUUGUCUAUUGUUGAACAGCUCCUGGAAGAGGACAUUACCGAAGAGUUCCUUCUAAAUUGUGGAAAAUGUAUCACUCCAUCUCACUAUAAAGACGUUGUUGAUGAACGGUCUAUCAUCAAACUGUGUGGUUAUCCUCUAUGUCAGAAAAAAUUGGAAAAUGUGCCAAAGCAGAAGUACAGAAUUUCAACAAAAACAAACAGAGUUUAUGAUAUCACUGAAAGAAAGUGCUUUUGUAGCAACUUUUGCUAUAGAGCAUCUAAGUAUUUUGAAGCUCAAAUUUCCAGAAGUCCAGUAUGGAUGAGAGAAGAAGAAGAGCCACCAGACAUAGAGCUGCUGAAGGAGGGACAGAGCGGACAGUCUGGAGAAGAGGUGAAACUACGUGAUGAAGUAAUUAAAGCAUCUGACAUUGAAAAUCCUAGGAUAUCUUCAGAGCCAUGUGAAACUGGUUCUCAUGACACAGCCAGUGACAGCAGUACUGAUACUGAGCAAGGAUUUAUUUCUUCUGUCCUACCAGGAAGUCAGUCAAGUUCAGCCAAUUUUGCACAGCAAUUGCACAGAAAAAGCAUCCUCAAAAAGAAACAUACUCAGAAAGUCCAUGCCAGCCCUAAAACUGAAGAUGCACAUGUGGAAGAAGCCACUGAAAAACUCUCUCAUUGUAAAUUAAAGACUCAGGAAGAAAGACCUGCUUGCUCUGCUCAUAAUGAAGUAACUGCAGUACCUUCAAACAAUACUGCUCCUGGGAAAUCAAAUGCUUCAGAAAUCUUUGAAAAUACAGGUGGAUCUCAGAUAGUUUUUCUAGGUGUGAGCAAAAGAGGAGCAGAACAUCUUAGAAGAACACUAGCUAACUCAACAGAACAUAAAAACCCUGAACUGAGGCAUCCAGUUAAUUCCAAAGGCAGUUUACUAGAAGUGCUUAGGCAAACACUUAUGGAAUGGAGAACUGAGGAAACUUUAAAAUUUCUCUAUGGCCCAAACUAUACUUCUUUGUGCUCAUCAGAGUGCGUAGCAUCUGUCAACCAGGAGACUGAAGAACUUGAUGAGGAUGACUUAGACACAGCUGAUGAUCUCGACACUGUUGCUGUAGGGGAGUCUGAAAACAGUCUGAACUACUCUUUACCUUUCACAGGCUCAGGUGGAAUAGUUAAGCCUGUGCCUAGUUAUGAAGAGUUAAAAGAAGAGACAGAGUUCCUAGAACUCCGAGUAAAGGAGUUCUAUAAAGGAACGUGCAUCUUGGCUGAAGAGGCAGCGACACCAGCACAAGCAGAGGAGCAUCCAAGCAAUGACAAAGAUGAUCAACAGGAAGAUCUCACCUUCCCCCUUGUUGAUUCAAAUGCACAAAUGCAGAUUAGGAAGCGAAUCGUCCUUGAAAAGCUGAGAAAAGCAUUAUCUGCAGUUUCAGGCCCUCUUCAGAUUGCUUCAGGUGAUGUUUACACAGAGCUAAAAAAUCUUGUCAAAACUUUCCGGUUAACCAAUAGAAAUAUUAUUCACAAAAUGCCUGAAUGGACUCUUAUUGCUAUUGUUUUGUUAUCUGUAUUGUCACAAACAAAUCCACUUUUCAAGAAUACUCAGACAAGCCCAAUGUACACACAAUUCCUGACCACAUUACUGGAAGAACUGCAUUUCAAAAAUGAAGAUCUGGAAAGUUUGACAAGAAUAUUUAGAAUGGACUGACAACUUAAAUGGUCAGUCAGCUUCAAGCUACUUGUGUGUCUUAAAACCAAGCUGGUUAACCACGGGUUUAAUUUUCAGCAUUUUGUAAGUAUGUACAGUAACUACAGAUUGUAUCAGCUGGAGCAGAAAAUGUGUGAAGCACUUUUUAAAGUAAAGAAAUAUGAAUAGUAUGGAAAUGAGUGUCAUCAUUUUGUCACUUACAGUAAAUGCCAGCUGCUUACUUAUCACACUAAUCUUUUGACAAUGUAUGGUUGGUUUACUGCAAUUUUGAGAGGAAUUUUUACUACCACAAUUUAUUAAAAAAAUAAAAUUCUGUGUGGCUACAAUGGCUAAGACUCAGUAGGGAUUUUUUAAUUAUUACAAUGAAAUUGUUAUGUUCAGGUUUUGUGAUAUAAAAUUGAGUUAAGAGCCGCGUAUUCUUUGCAAAAUGUUGAGAUUACAUUUUUCAUUCCAGGUCAGCCAAAAAAUUUAAGAGCAAAUACCUUACUAUAUUGAUCAUACUCAACUGAUUCAAUGAAUAUAGCAUUAUAGUAUCAUUACUGAUGUCACUCCUUUGUUCCCCACAGAAUAACAUGAUCAUCUUGGCAUAAUGUCCUACCUGAAAUUGUUGCACAGGGAACAAAAGAAUGUCUACAGGUGUUUGAGCUUUUUUAAAUGAAAAAUGAAAUUUAGUAUGAAUUGUAGUAUUUGCAUUUCUGCUUUUUCAUUUCCUUCCUAUGGGUAAGAAUUUUGAUGUCUUGUGAAGAAGCUGACUAACCGCAGUUGUUCAUGGUAUGAAGAGAAGUUAAAAUAUGGAUCAUCUGAAAAGUGUUUAAAAGCAGUAGAAAUUAAUUUGGAUUGGUUUGGUUUUUCUUGGUUUGGAAACUCAGUCAAAGCUUGUCUGCAGGGAUCAGGGAAAGAAGGGGAAAAACACAUGUGAGCCUCCAAUGGUAAGAGCAGUGCUGCUGACAUUUUUCCAGUUGCCCUCAUGCAUGGAGCAGGAACCUUUAAGAAUGAUGACAGUACACAAAUACGUGUGAUUCAUAGCCUGUUUGUCUUGCUACUUCUAAGAAAAGGGGUGGUCUUUGAACUUGCGUGAAAGUUAUUUUUAAGCAGACUCUAGUUGUUACUAAUUGGGACUUUUUAAAUAUAUUUAAUAACUAAUUUUUUUUUUGCUUUCAGUAGUCAUUUCAUUUCAAAGAGUUGUGUUAUUUAGGCUGAGUGUAUUUGGCAUUCCUUCUGUCACUAACUGAUUAUAAAUUGCACUUUAAAACUAAUCCACUAGUCAUUCUUAAUGAUUCCAUAAUAUGUUUUAUUGCCUAGUUCUCAGUCCAUAGGACACUGUAUUUUGAGAGAGUUGAGAAGGAAAGUUGUAACUGACAGUACUUAGUCUGUAGCAAAUGCCAGCACUAGUUAAGGCUGAGGCAAGCCUUACCAGGGCUGCUACACAUCCACUCCAUUUUUAAAAAAAACAAAGUUUAUUCCUUUGGUUUGCUUCUGUCGUUGGACACCAGAAAGGAACUCUACACUAAACUGGUUCACUGCUGUGUAGUUCAUUCAUGAUAAUCAGAGUAAAUAUAUGAAUUACCCUGACAGACAGAAGCUCAUGCAGCUUUGCUGUGGAAGCUUCAUCGUGCAGUAGACUUUACGAGGUGCUUGACUUUUCCAAACUUACACUGUAAUGGGAAGUUACGUUCAGUGUAAGUUGUAAAAGCAACAAUUUAGAAUUAGGAUAACCUUUAAUCAGAGUCACAGCUAUGCAUUUUUCUAAGUAUGCAGUAGGGGAAAAAAUACCCAUUAUGAUCAGAGUGUAUCUCAUGCAAAAUUUGUAAGAAUUACUGGGUGGAAGUUACAUUUGUUUUGUGUCAUGAUGGAAGAAGUUUACUUGGCACAAAUGGAGAGAAGGGUCAAGACCUCACCAAAAGACAAAUUUCUAUAGAAGAAUGAGUAAUAGGUAUGAUACUCUGAGCAGAACUUAAACCUUGAAUUUACACCUAUUCACUUCUGAUUUUGGAAGUUGACUGAAUUUCUAUUUUUAGCUAGUAGAUUAUGAGUAAGCCAUUUGCCUGUUCCAUACAUGUUUACCUUGGAGCACAAAGAUUACCUUACAACAGUUCGGUCAUACAGAAUACAUCUAGAAGGCAUUAGAAAUGUACAUCGUACCAGGAAUGUGACUGUUUCAUCAGGUUUGAUGGCUCUCAUUUGGAAAGUUUUUACACUUCCUGUCAGUUUAGUGGUGUGAUUUUUUUUGUAGUUAUUUUUAGGCUUGGUCUUCAGCACCUACUGUGUAGGAAAUGUAUGAUCUUUUAAUAAGAAUGAAUAGGUUGCAAACUCAAAGACCUCUUUAUCAAGUUUCACUAUAACUGCUUUUACUGCCUCAGCAGCUCAAAAAAGUCACCUUUCAGGAUUUUUGCAUCUCUUCUUUCACUGCUGCGUAGUAAGCUCUCUCAUUCUUUUCUUUGCCCUACGAGAACAAAAUAACAUUUCUCUGUCCAUGAGGUCAGAAGAACAUUCUGUAGUAUGCUGGGAACACCCUGAAGUGAUAUUCUUCAGUUACUUGUAAUGAUUUCAUCUCUGUUAGACAUGAGUAACACACAUGUAAAUAAAUGCAGAAAGUAUAUAUAUAUACCCAAUACUUUUGAGUAGGAGAGAGGCUAUAGACUCAUCCCAAAAGGAUCUUUCAAUACUGUCAGCCGUAACUGGAGUAUAAAAAUCACAACUCAAGUACCAAGAAUUCAGUUCAUUUAUGUAGUUUUCUUAUGAGCAUGGUUUGUAAAAGCCUAACUGCUCAAAAAUGUUCAAAUCUAGAUAUUUUUUUAUUUUAAAGCAAGUUUCUGUCACAACUAUCUGUCCUUCAGAAGAUACCACUCUUUCUUAUGUUGUUUUUUAGUGUUGUUCUGCCCCUUCUCAUUUUGCUUAUGUUAGCAGAUAGAUUGUUUCCUUGUGGCCUUGAUUCUGUGCUUACUGUUUUUCCUUCUGUGUUAGUUAUACAGAUGAGAGCAAUUUGGGUCAGUAGUGGUUUCAGCCUUAUGUCAGAUACAGCAAAUUGUAGUGAUUGACUUCUGAGCUGCAGGUGUGGAGAGACGUCAUGGAUCUGGGUUUUAGGGUAAAUGGGACAGAAGCCUAUAUUUCUGAAUAGCUUUGUGAAAGGGGCAUAAAUUUGGUAAAGCCAUCAGCACCUUAGAUGAUAAGGAUCAUAAAGUCUCAGAAGUGCAUUGCCAUAGCCAUGUGAAGCAUCCAGCAUUGUCUGGCCAUGGACCUGUAGCAGGACAAUUUGAGUAUGAUGUGUUUCUUUUAAUAGCGGGGGGGCGGGAAGGAAACCAGACUUAUAUGGUGAUUUUUUUUUUUUCCUGACAUAUAGAAUUGAUUUAGUAAAGAAUAGAAGAACAGCUCAGUUUCAAGCUUGAAGCAAAGCUUGCUUCAUGCUGUUGCAGCUGUUCUGCCUCAAAGGAGGAAUGUGUGACACAUUCCUGCAUGUCACAGAAUGGAUUUCUUACCAAGUUUUCUGUAGCUGUAAUGAAAUAAUCUCAGGAGGAGGACAAGCACAUACACAGGCAUGUUUUCUCAACAUUAUUCAAAGCAGUCUUUAUGCUGGCCAAAGAGGCUGAUGGAGAGACUUUUGUGUCUAUUUCCACACCAAAGUUCAGUUCAGAGUCUGGUAAGUACUCUCAGUGUAAGCACUGCAUUCUGUAAUAUUCAAUUUCCUAGCACAGAGCCCUUCACUGCUGCCAUUUGAUUAUUUUUGCCCAUUGACCAUACUUAAUUAUUUUUCUUGGACUAUGGAGAGAAAAAGAGGAGUCAGAGUGGUUCAUUUGAUGUUCACCAUUUCAGGAAAGUAGAAAAGUCAUAAUGUAACCCAUAUACUCUCAGGUCUUUGCAGAGAUUACCUUGAAUCUGUGUAAAGUCUGCAAAUCAAGCUAGAUAUAGUAAUGCAAAAUUCUACUUAAAACAAGCAGAAGAGAGCCUGAUUUAUUUAAUUGAAAACUACCAAAACAGAAAGUUCCUUAGUAAAUCUAGAGCAGCAUAACUGACAGGGCUGUGCCCCUGUCUAAACCCAGGGCUGGAAAUUUAGACCUACCCUGUCUUUUAAAGGGAGCUGCAGGGAGCAACAAGGAGCAUGGUGCAUGUAUGAGAUGUGUCUGGGGCCUCACAGGCUGUGUCCACAGAUCACAUACAAGAGUCACAUACUUGUGUAUUUUCACUCUUCAGCCUCAGUGAGUAGCUUAAAAGUGAGACAUCUGUUGUGGUUUUAGGGGGGAAAUAACGGUUUUGUGAAUCUUGGUGUUCCAUGUCCUACCCUUUUCCCCCUAGUUUCAGAGAACCUGGACUCUACAAAGUGCAAGAGGGGAUGAGCAGCUCAGCUGGACAUGUCUCUUUUAACUGCGGAGAAAAAAGGACUAGCACAUCAGAGAGAAGAAAAAGGAAGAGAGAAGGGGAAAGCAGUACUCAUACCUUCUAAAUUUAGGCAUCCAAACUUAGCUACCUGCCUGUCUUCAUUUGCUUCAGAGAGAACUGAUAAAUUUAAGGUCUCCAGAUCUUACCUUAGUGCAUUUAUGAAGUCGAUGGUGGUAAUGCCUCUGCUCC